CCCUACUUGUUUAACUACAUCAUUUACACAUAAUAAAAAUGGUUUUUAACUGUCUCCCUACUUGUUUAACUACAUCAUUUACACAUAAUUCCUCAAAUGUGUCGCAUCCUACUGCUCUCUGAUUUCUGCAAGUGUUGUCGCAGAACACUAGACCCAGAAUGGCUGUUGUCGGCUCUGUAGAGGACCCUGGAGGACCCAGACAUAGCUAAGUUCUCCACUUUUUAGCCUUAUAGAGAAAAAAAACUGUGCAGCUUCUUGUCUCAAUCUUUUCUCUUCCACUGAGGCCAUGUGGGAGAAACAGUAGAGGGCUCAGAAAUGGAGAAGAGCUCGAGUUCUGCUGCUAAUGGCUACGGUGACUCUCUCAAUGGUCUCAAGUUUGGAAAGAAGAUCUACUUUGAGGAUGUGGGAGGCAGUGGAAGCUCAUCCAAAUCCAUGGCUGCGGUUGGAAAGAAGGGGAAGGGAGUUGCAGCUGUAGGAGGAGGGCAGCAGAAGGCACCAAGAUGUCAAGUUGAAGGCUGCAAUUUGGAUCUUACAGGGGCUAAGGCUUAUUACUGCAGGCAUAAGGUCUGUGGGAUGCACUCAAAGUCUCCUAGGGUUAUUGUUGCAGGGCUUGAGCAGAGAUUUUGUCAGCAGUGCAGCAGGUUCCAACUUCUACCCGAAUUCGACCAGGGGAAGCGAAGUUGCCGCAGACGUCUAGCCGGACACAACGAACGUCGAAGAAAGCCACAUCCCGGGCCUCUAACAUCGCGAUGCGGCAGGCUAUCCUUCCAUGAGGACGACAGCAGAUAUAGAAUCUUCUUGAAGGACUUCAGUUAUCCAAGUUCGCAUGGUGCAUCAAGAGAUAUAUGGCCAAUGAUGCGAAACGACCAGGCACUCAAUAAUCAGUGGCACGGGAGCUACAAUACUCGCAUCGGGGCCGUCACAAACCAUUAUCCUACUUUCCUAUCUGCUUUUGAGCAAGCAUCAAGUGAUUGCCUUACAGGUGUCUCAGACUCCAGCUGUGCUCUCUCUCUUCUGUCAAACCAGCCAUGGGGCUCGAACAUCAUGGCCUCGGCUCCACCUAGAAACCACCCACCUAGAAACCAUGAAGCUCCGCUGAUAUCGGCGGGCACUGGAAUCAGAGGUGGCUCGAUGGCUCAAAUAAACAUGGCAAGCAGCAACAUGAGUUGCCCGUGGAUGUUUAGAGAUCAUUCCUCCUGGAGUAGUUCGCUUGAUAUGGGGCUUCGACAGUUGUCAGAUGCAGGCAAUGGCCACUUCUCGAGUGAGCUUGAGUUGGCUCUGCAGGAUAACAGGCAGUGUGAUGAUGAGAUUGGCCACCGUGAGGUCUUUGAUCAUGAUCAUUCUGCUAUGCAUUGGUCUCUUUGAAGUAGUACUGUUUGCUUC